AUGCCUCUUUUGGAAAUAAUUGGGAUAACUCCAGUUGGGAGGAAUUAUACAAUUGCUGUUGCAUUUAUGUCGCAUGAAGAUGCAGACACCUACGAGUGGACUUUGAAUUGUUUGAAAGAGUUGCUAGAUGGUGUCGAACCUGAUGCGAUCUUGACAGACAGAGAGUUGGGUCUUUUGAAAGCACUGCCAAAUGUCUUCCCAUUUUCGUAUCAUAUGUUGUGUAUAUUCCAUAUAAACAGAAAUGUUGAGGCAAAUGCGACGAAAUUUAUGGGAGGCAACAAGGACCAAGGUCUAAUAUUCCGACGUGUGCUGUGGGCUAAGCUGGUGAAAUCAGAAACCGAAGAAGAGUAUCAUUACAAUUACAAUGAAAUUGUUGGACGGUAUGCAGGGUAUCCUAGGCUGAUACAGUAUUUGAAUGAUACGUGGUUGAUAUACAAGGAGAAGUUUGUUCGUGCCUAUACUCGCAAUGUGUAUCAUUUUGGCAACACGAGCACCAACAGGGUGGAGAGCGCUCAUUCUUCAGCGAAGGGUUGGUUAAAUGCUUCGACCGGAGGUCUGGAUAACGUGCAAGGCAAACUUCGGGACCAAGUUUAUAUCCAAAUUAGUGAGCUGAAGUGCGAUUUUUCAUUAUCAUCCAAGAUAAGGAAGCAUACUGCAGCAUGGCCGUGUUUUCAGGGUUUGAUUUGUUAUGUUACGCAUCUGGCAUUAGAGAAAUUGGAUGAAGAGAUGGAGUCCCCGGCGAUGCAAGAUCCGAGUAUUUGCACACACUAUCUUUGGAAUACUCAUGGGCUCCCAUGCGCGUGCAAAAUUGUGCAGAAAAUGGAAGAUAAUGACACGUUCGUCAUUUCAGACUUGCAUCCAUUCUGGAGUACCAUGGCAGUUGAGCCUUCGGAGCUACCUGAGUAUCAAGUAAACCGCGAGGAGAUUGUGGAUAGACAGAUUGAUGACCUGAAUUGCAAUUUGAAGAAGAUGAAUUACACGAGUAAGAUAAAUGCCGUGGCCUCAUUGCGUGGCAUCGUUUAUCCGUCUACGUCGCAUCUGUCCGAGCCAUCAUUUGUUAAGACCAAAGGACGACCAAAGAAUAACUCGACAAAGAGAGACCCUUCUGGAUGGCAGUAUCAUAUUGAUGAGGAGACAAUUAAGUCGUCUUGUGGUUCCAAGGGUCGCCAAACCUCAUCUGGUGCAAAGAUUCCUAAAACAAAGGUUGAGAGAAGCACUGAUGGAACGCCUCAAUCGAAGAUGAAAGGUCGUGGUUCUCGUAUUCCCACACAAGAAUCUGCUGCCCCUCCAAUACCUGCACAUGAAGGAAUCGACUUUUAUUCUUUCGUGCCCAGAUUUAUGGUCCGUCUUAUUCAAGAUUAUGUUAACGUGAUGGCGGAUGGCAACUGUGGGUAUCGGUGCGUUGCUCAAGCCGUGUACGGGGAUCAAGAAAGAUGGCCGCAAGUGAGAGGGGAGUUGCUUAUUGAGUUAUACGAGCAUGCUAGUGUCUACACGGCGAUGUUUGGCAGUACCGGAUACGUUGAGGUCAUACGCAAGUGUGACUAG